UCGACAGUUUACUUUCUUUUUCGCUACGCAGAUUCCAGUUGCAAUUCAACUAUAAUUUGAAUGCGAUAUCUGUGAAUGUCUUGGAAAAUACCUUUAAAAUGCGCUUUGUCGAAUGUCCAGUGCACUGCUCUACAACGCACCUUGGAUUUAAUCCCGGUUUUACUUGCUGUUUGUUGUUGAAUGGAGCUCUCAGUCCUUAUCUCCGCAAAGUAGAAUUUCUGUACUCUCUGGUCUCUAUAAAUGAAUUGAUUUAUUUCAUUGACUUGCCAAAACGUUAUUGUGUAGAAGUGGAAAAGACAAUGUAAUGAAUCUAAUUUAUUUUCUGGCCGUUAGUUCGUGAGGAGCAUAAGAAAUCCACAGUCUGUUUGAGAUGUACCUGGAGAGAUGUACUGUUUAAAAUUAAUGAACCAAUAAAUGACUAUAAUAACAUAUGGAGAACAUUCCUACAGUAUCUUAUGUUGUCCCCCAGGUGACACCAGCUAACCCCUGACACAGUACUUAUACUAGCACUUCCAAGGACACCUGGUGUACCACUGUUCCCGUCUCUACACUAACAAACCCAGACUACCCACAAUGUCAGGAUGCUACAAGUAGAUAUAUUGUUAGUUUGUUAUGGUAAAUUCUGCACAGAUGAUAUGAGCUCUAGCGAAAUAGUUAACAUUGUCUUUAUAAUCACAAUAAUGGAAAGCUACGAGACAGUAUAGCAGAAACAGAUUGGAUGUCACUAAAUAGUCUCUUACAGAUCCCCCUUAUAUUUACAUUUGUUAUACCUGUUGUAUAUAUAUUUGUUAUAACGUCUGAAAGGAAGUCAGACGAUUUACAAGAAAUGCAUGAGGUCUGUGAACAUGUACGUGUGUGUACACAACCGCAAAGACUACACUGGAUGUGCACAAUGACAAGGUCAGCUGCUUCUGGGCAAUCAGCCAACAGCAGGGAGUUUGACAGACCUAUCACACAGUUCACACACACACACAAUCUAACGGUUUCCUGUCAACACCCAGAAAGAUAAAAAAUUAAAAAAAUCCUAAAACUCUGAAAUUUGUUUAGGGCUGCUUGUAAUCUUCACUCUCUCUCCAUCUGACUGAAAAAGCAACACAGGACUUAUUGGUAGAAACAAAAGGAUUAUUAAGAGAGAACAUCUAAAACUGUGACUUCCAAGGGCAACUGUUAAAUGUGAAAGUUAACCAAAGUUGUACGUUUCGCUACCUAGUGCAGUGUAUCUUAGUGUUCUACAAUGGCAGCAUCUGUCUCUGAGUUGUUGCUGACAAUUCUGGAGAAACUGGACCACAAAGAGAUGGAGAGAUUUAACUGGGAGCUGUGCAAUAGCAAACUGAAAGAUUUUCUUAACAUUUCAAAGGCUCAUCUGGAGAAUGUCACAAGGCAUGCCACGGUGGAUAGGAUGGUGGAGACCUACUGCGAUGAGGGAGCUGUGAAUGUCACAAAAAUUAUCCUUAGCAACAUGGGCCUUAACAAACUUGCUAUGUCUUUAAAGAGAGAUCUUCCAGAAGAAGAACCAACACAGAAAAAAAUAAGGGAAGAGGGGAAAUCGGUAGGUGCGCUGAAGGACGAGCUGAAAUCUGACUUAACACAUCUGGAAGAAAAGCUGGAGAAAUGUGGAAAUGCCCGAGAGAACUACCAUAGCAUGACUCAGCACACCAAGGACCAGCAGGUGGACACAACAAGGAGGAUCAGGGAAGAGUUUGUGAAGCUCCACCAGUUCCUGAGAGAGGAAGAGGAUGCCCGACUGGCUGCUCUGAGGGAGGAGGAGAAGGAAAAGGGAAUGUUAAUUGAGAAAGGCAUGGACAGCAUUGAUGAGCAGAUCUACUCUCUCACAGCUGCCAUUGAGGUUGUGAAACAGGACCUGAACAAAGGCAGUGAAAACUUCCUUGUGAGUUACAAAAACACCCAGAACAGAGCAAGAGCCCAACUUGAUCUUCCGGAUCCACAGCUCGUCUCCGGAGCGCUGAUCGACAUCGCCAAACACCUGGGAAACCUGCAGUUCCAAGUCUGGGAGAAGAUGCAGGCGAUAGUCAAACACUCGCCCAUAAUUUUGGACCCCAACACGGCUCCCUCUACUAUGACUUUGUCUGAUGACCUCACCAGCGUGCGACACACAGCCGUAGAGAAGCAGCAGAUUCCGGACAACCCAGAGCGGUUCACACGGUGGGCAAAGGUCAUUGGCUCCACAGGCUUUGUGAAGGGUUCAGAGCAUAGCUGGGAGGUGGAGGUGGGCGACCAACCUGAGUGGAAUCUAGGCGUGGCUGUAGAGUCCGUCGAUCGGAAGGGAGAAGAUCUUCUUGCGUCACCAGAAUAUGGAAUCUGGGCUAUACUGAAAAGGGGGCGCAAGUAUACAAAUGGAGCUGGUAAAAUGCUCACUCUGAAGAGGAUACCCCAGAGGAUCAGAGUUCAACUGAACUACGACAGGGGGGAAGUGGCUUUCUAUGACCCCAAAGACAAUACACACAUCUACACUCAUAAACAUAGGUUUACUGAGACGGUCUACCCAUACAUCUCUGUUUGGAAGAUGAAAGACGCCAUCAACCGUGAUAUACAUAUCUGCCCAUCAGAGGUGUCUGUGACAGUAAAAUCAAAUCAAUGAGGUAUGUGCGAGUGUUGGUGGCUGUAUCGAUCCAAUCUUCUCUGAUCUUCACAGGCUUAUACGACUUUUCUAUGAACCAUCCCAAACUAUUAUUGUUCUGUAUAAGAUGUCUGCCCUGUUACAUUUCAAAUAUUGUUGUAGUUUAAUAAUUGUGCACGUUUCAUGUCCAAAUCAUCCUAAAGUGUCUGAAAUUCCUAAUGUAGAUCAAUUAAGUUAUACUUUAAGAUGCUAAUAUAUGGGAUAUACCAUUGGUGUUGGGUGACAAAUGCUAAAAAGUUAGCAUUUGGAGGAUGUCUUACGUUGUCAGUAGACUGCUUAAAAGAUAAGGAAAUCUAUCAUUAGUUUCAACUAUCCCUUUAAAGGGGAAGUCCACAGCUGAAACAAUAAUAAAGCAGUCUCCCUGGAGAAAUGUAACCACUCAAAAUCAUAGACAGAGCUACGGAUGCAAGGACAGAUCAUCCAAGAUAACAAAACAUUGGCGGACUUCUAUAUUCGUGAAAUAUAUACACAUGUUGAUUCUUGAAGAAUAUAACGUAUAAAUGCCAUGAGAUUAGAUAAACUGUCGUACCCAAUCAGAACCCAUAUAAAAGCUUAUAUUUUGGGUUCUGAUUGGGUACGACAGUUUAUCUAUACGUUCAUGGCAUUUCUAAGUUAUAUUCUUCAAGAAUCAACAGGUAAAUAUCCCUUACAAUAUAAUUCCAAAUUGGAUGUAGCAACUGCAGAUUCCUCCUUGUAAGUGUUCAUUAGCUAUAUGUUGAUAGUUCAACACUUUGUUUUAGUAAACCACAAGAUCUGUGUGCCAUGUCUACUUGUACCUUUUGCUAAACAUUUACUUUGACUUCCAGCACCUGUUGAAAGUUACUGGAUGUGUCUGUCAUCACCCCCCCCCCCCCCCAAAUGUUCCAAUCUGCUGUGCUGAACUUUCUGUAUGAGAUGUAAGGGGUUUACAUACAUGUUUAUAUAUAUUUGCCUUCUUUAAAGUAGAACCACGUGUUUCUGACAUGGCUGCAAAAAGAAAGUGUCAUUUUGACAAGACUACGGUCGAAACGUGACGUCUUUUCGAAUAAAGUAGCACCAUGGAUUCAUAAA